AUGUCGGAAGAACUGGCGAUGCUGGGACGAUCUAGGGUACGCGGAGAUUCGUCGCAGUCUUACCAACAAACCAUUAUUGACUCUAGCCCGCAAAUGUCGAUUGAUGAUUUGUUGAAGGAAAUUAAUGGAGCCAAUGGCAUGCCGGUGCUCUUCGUCCCUUCCUCCGAUGGGCGGCUAGUGGCCGUGCCAGUACCCGUGAAUGGCCUCCAGAAUCUGGCCCUUGCAAAUCGCGACCACGAUGAGUCUGGCAAAAAGAAGCAGCAGGAUUUCCGUGCCUGGCUACUGCUACUGGCUUCACUAAUUGCCACCGUCACCUUCACCGCAGGGCUCACCCCACCUGGUGGUUUCUGGGGCGAGGACAAGGAUGGACACAUCGGUGGUAACCCAAUUAUGCGUGACAAAUUUCCUAGGAGGUACCGCAUAUAUGUGGGAAGCAACAGGAUGGCCUUCUGCUUCUCCAUGGUAAUCAUUGGAAUACUCGCCAAUAACAUAGCUAACAAGCUGAGCAAACUCGUGAGGUUUUUUUUCUUCCCAUUAUUGGUACCUUGUUGUCUUCUGAGCUUGACGACUAGCUUCAUCAGCGGCACGUGGGAUUACUCUAAAGAUGAUACCUACUCAUGUGUUACGUUUGUAGCCGCUUUUCUCAGUUUGGCCAUUCUUUGGGGUUCGGGUUUGAUCGAGCCGAUAAUUGAAAGACACGAGCGAUCCACGGAAUCCUCCGCUUAA